AUGUCUGAUCAAGAAGAAGAUCACUUUGAUACGGAACAAAAAGAAGUUGAACAGUCAGAUGAACUUCUCGCAGUACCAGUGAAUAAUAAUGAAACUUCUUCUUCACCAGUUGAUAAUGAGAAUCAAGAAAUGCCAAGUACUAGUGAAGUGAACAAUGAAGCGACCGCUGAGGAUAAAGAAAAAGAUGGAGACAAUUCACCAAUCACACAAUCCAUACCUUCUGAUGAACAAGGUGUGGAGCCGGAAAACACCAACCCGACAGAUAACAUCACUGAACAGAAACAAAAACAGGAACAAUCACCACAACCGCCACAACAACCGGAUGAAACUCCUGCUGAUGAUAAACAAAAUAAACAAUCAACCAAAAAAAUUAUGGAUCCUGAUUUUUUUUAUCAUUAUGAUGAAUGUAUUGCAUAUCCAAUCAUUUUACCAAAUUCUGGUAUACCAAUAAAUCUAAUCAAAGUUUAUCAUCUAUUCGGUAUGGAUGUAACACGUCGAGAUAAUUUACAUUUAUUAACAUGUAAUAUUAUAUGUCAUAUAUUUGGUAAUUAUUUACAAAUUUUAAAUAUUGAUACACAUGAAAAAUGCAUGAUUCGUUCAAUUAGUGGUGUUGGUAUCGGUGCAAUUUGUAUAGAUUCACAGUACAAAUUUAUUGUACUGGCUGAAAAAGGUGAUAUGCCCAAUGUAUGCAUUUAUCAAUAUCCUGAAUUGAAAUUAUAUCGUCUGUUAAGACAAGGUACAGUGAUUGGUUAUUCUGCAUGUCAAUUUAGCCCAGAUGAUGAAAUGCUUGCAACAGUUGGCUCAGAUCCAGAUUAUACAUUCACUUUAUGGGAUUGGAGAAAUGAACAGAUUGUAUUAAGAGCUAAAGCAUUUUCACAAGAUAUUUAUCGUGUUGCAUGGUCAAAUGAUUUAGCUGGUACAUUGACUACAGCUGGUUUGGGACAUAUUAAAUUUUGGAAAAUGGCUAAUACAUUUACUGGUUUAAAAUUACAAGGAAAAUUGGGCAAAUUUGGUAAAAUUGAAUUAUCGGAUAUUGAAGGAUUUGUUACAUUACCAGAUGGAAAAGUUGUUACUGGUUGUGCAUGGGGUAAUUUACUUGUUUGGGAAGGUGAAUUAAUCAAAGUACAAAUAUCACGUCGAGAUCAACGAACUUGUCAUAAUGGUAAUAUUAUGCAAAUUAUCAUGGAAGAAGGUGAACUAGUGACAGUUGGUCAAGAUGGAUGGAUACGUACAUGGGAUUUUGAAACUGUCGAUUCAGCACAAUCAUCAGAAGAAGGUGAAUUAUUUGAAUUGGAACCAAUGAAUGAAUUACAUGUUGGCACAAAAUCAAAUUUAAUGCGUAUUGUGAAAAUUCCAAUGGAAGAUUCCACAAUGUGGUAUGCACAAGAUGCUGAUGGUGCUGUGUGGAAAUUAGAUUUAUCUUUUUCACAUACUUCAUUAAUACCAGAAUGUUUGGAAGAAUUUCAUGCAAACGACAUUGUUGAUUGUGUAACAUCACCUUCCUCAUAUUGUGCAGCUACAGUUGGUCUUGAUGGUAGAGUAUGUAUUUAUGAUAUUGUUCAAAAGAAAAUUCUUGUAUCAAGAAGAUUUCCAUCGGGUGGUUCAUCGCUAGUUUGGAGUCCAUCACAAGUUGAUCCGAAAGGAAAGAUUUUAAUUGUUGGUCAUCAAGAUGGUGUAUUACGUGUGAUAAAAUUCGGUGAAAAUCCUGAAGAGUUGACUAGACGAACAAAACAAUAUGCUUUGUUAGAUCUUGGACAAGCAUUGAAACCGCAUACCCUGGCAAUCACUUCAAUGAUUUAUAGUCCAUCAGGAAAAUUAUUUGUAACUGGAAGUAAAGAUGAAACAAUUUUCUUUUUCAACGUGCACAAUACACAUUUAACACCGAUUGGUUUUGUCAAUGUUUAUGACAAAGUUGUCCGAUUAGAAUGGUACACAGUGAAUUCUCAUGAAAUCAAUGAAAUUAUUGUUUAUUUAGAAAAUAGUUGUGUAUUAACUGUUCACUGUCCAACAGAAAAUGAUAUUUAUGAUCAUUCAAAGACAUUUUCAUUGCCCAGUAUUAAAAUUAUGAAAUCUUUUAAUUUAUUGAGUAUUAAAUCACGUUUAAUACAUGAAGAAGAUACAAUCAAUAAAUUGGCUCAAUAUGAAUUAGAAAAGCAAGCAAGACAAACUCAACGUGAAUCAAAUGCUCUAUUACAACCGGAAACAGAUGAAGAUAAAGAAAGAUUAGAUCAUGAGGAAGAAAUGAUUUAUCAAGCUCUGCAAGCAGAAAUUGCUGACUGGUCUCCUACUUAUCCACCUAGUCCAUCACCGAUAGUCUAUGGAUGUGCGGAUAAAAAUGCACCUAAUCAAUUUUGGAUGUCUUUAGAUGAUUUCGAUAGUGGUUAUUUAUAUAAAUGUGAAUUAGGCGGUCCAUUAUUAACAAUCGAUGAGGCUGUCGAUAGGAUGAAAGAAAACUUACAAAGACAAAUGCAGGUGAAUCAGCCAACUACCGAUAGGGUUUUAAUGGAUUUAGACCUGCCAGAAGAUGUUGUCGCUGCUGCUGUUGAGGCUACUACUGCUGAGGACGACGAUGCUGCUGAUGAUGAUGAUGACGUGACAAGAAGUAGCAGUAGCAAUGAUGAAGAGAUCGACUUGGAAAAUAUCGAUCCAAAUCGGAUCGCACUGACAGAUCGAAUUAUUCCAACAGAACCAAUGAAAGCGAUCAGUAUACCGAAUAGAAAAAAUACAUGUAUUACAUUUUGGAUGUAUACUCAGUCUGGUUCACGUCUAUUACUUGGUUUUAAUGAUGGUGUAAUCUGUGUACUGUUGUUGAAAAAAUCAUUUGAUUUAGAAAGUUUUGAAGGAUAUUGGAUUUAUCGAUUACAUGAUAAUCAACGUGGACGUAUUAAUCGGAUAGCUUUGACAUAUGAUGAAAACAUUGGAAGUGAUGGUACCCUAUUUGUCUGUGAAUUUAUGACAGAAGAAAUGCAAGAUAAAGAAAUUAAAGAAUUUCGUGCACGAAUUCCAUCGACUUUUGACACCAGUAUUAAAGUAGACGAUAUCACUGAUCCUAAAGCGUAUACUAUUGAAGAAAUGAAACAAAAAACUGAACAUGAUCAUCUUAUUGAAUUAGCUGAACAAAAAAAAGCUGAAACUAGACAAAAAUUAACUGAAUUAAAAGUACGUUUUAAGAAAUUAAAAGAACAAAAUAAUAAUUUACCAGAAAGAAUUCGUUUAACCACGGAGGCAUUCAAUUUAGUUCCACAUAUUCGAUGUGAUUUACUCAAAGCUCGUGAAGCUGAAAUUGAUUUAGUCUAUCGGGAAACAGCAUGGGAAACUGAGAAAAAUCGAUUAGCACUAGAAAAACUAGAGAAUGUAUAUAUUAAACCGUUAGAUUGUGAUCGUAUCACAGUGAAAUCAUUUUGCACUGGUCAUUCUGUUUCAUCAAUACGUAUGUAUAAAUUAAGUGAAGAACACAUGAAAGUAUAUGAGGAAAUAAUGAGUUAUCGAGAGAAAUCAUUACUUCAAGAACAGGAAAAAACAAUGGAACAGUCUGAACAAUUAGAAGAACGUUCUCAAUGGAAACAGCCGAAAAUUAUCACUGAAUCCAGUCAGAUCACUACUAACAGUAGUUAUGAUACUACUGAUAAUCAAAAUAAUACUGAAACACAAUCGACCAAUGUUAUAUGGUUCCCAUUACAUUGUCUAGCUGUUGAUAGUUAUCAUUAUUCAACUAUGCCAAGUGUUAACAAUCAAAAGUAUUCAUUUUUAAAACCAUCCUCCACAGUUCGUGAUAUAAUCGAUGGCAUUUUAAUUCAUAAUCCACCGGAUGAAUCCAUAAAAAUAUCAAUCUAUCAAUCAAUGAAACCUGAGAAAACUAGUGUCUACAAAAUGGAUAAGACCAAAUCUAUGGAUGUUGAAAAUGAUGAUCAAAAUUUAAGUCAAACCAUUACAUCAUCAAAUUUAACCUCAUUAGAAAUGGAAUUACAACAUCAUAAACAUAUUAAAGCUAUAUAUCAUCGAAAUUAUUUGUUACAAACAGCUAGUCGAUUAGUUCGAUAUUUUGAUGCAGAAAUUCGUUUAUUAAGACAUGAACGUUUUAAAUUAGAUAUCUUGUUAAAACGUUCUGAAUUACAUCAGCAUACAUUGUAUGAUGAAUAUUGUUUAUUAAAAGAAUUUGAAAAAUCUGAAUAUGGUUUAACAGAGAAAAUUAAAGAGAGAUUAGAAGAAAAACAAGAUAUUACUAAUAAGGUGAAUGAAUUAAACUUAAAAAUUGAACAAAAAAAGAAAGAUUUAGAACGUCUUUCACAACGUGAACAUCAAAUUCAUGAAGAAUUCAAAGCUAGCCUAGGUGAAUCACAUAAAUUUGCUGAAUUUCUAACAAAAGUAUUUAAAAAACGUAUUAAACGAAAGAAACAAGAAGAACGUCUUUCAGGUUCCGAAGAAGAAUCCGACGAAUCCUCCUCCUCGUCAUCAUCAUUAUCCGAUGAAUCCAGUCUUGAAGACACGGAUGAAGAUGAAGAUGAUGUUGAAAAUAUUGUCAUUAUGAAUUUAGAUGCAUGUCCACCUGGUUGUUCUAUGGAAGAUUUUGAACGUACUUGUUUAAUUCGUGAGAAACGUUUAGAUGUUGAAGAAGAAAUGAUGGAAGAGAAGAAAAUUCUAGAUAUUCUACGUAAAGAUUUUGAAAUAUUCACUAAAAAACAACGUGUCGUUGAGUCAACAUUAAAACAAGCUCAAAAUGAUUUGGAAGCUUUUCAGUUAGAAAAACAACGUAAAUUAAAUGAAUUAGAAAUUAUUGUCAUAUUACGUUUAGAUCAAAUUGUACAUUUUAUCAGCAGCACCUCUUCUGAUGUGACAAUUCCACCAUUAGAUAUGAAAAAUAGUUUAAUAUUUUUAAAAAAUAAUUUACGUAAAUUACAAAAACGUAUCUGUGAAUUGAAUGACGAGAAAAAUUUACAACGUUUAACAAUAAAACAAGCCAAAGAACAUCAUAUUAUGUUACAAAAAUAUAAAAAGCUAUUUCAAAAAGAAAUUGAACAAUUUUCAGCUGUAUGUGAUAGAGAAAUGACUGAUAAAUUUGGUAGAAUAGAUGAUAUUGAAAAAAUGGAAAGUGUGAUGAUCAAUCCGAAAUUAGAAGAUUUAACUACAAAAAUGUUAAUCAUGCAAGAGGAAUUUGCUAAAGAAGAAGCUGAAAUCGAGACCAAAAUACGUAAUGCACGAGAUAUAUGUGUUGGACAAAUACGUCAAAAUACAGUUUAUUUAACACAAUUAUUAACACUUUUCAAUGAACAUCAAUAUUUACAAAAUGAUUUAAAUCAAAUGUUAAAAGCAAAAAAUGACAAAUCCCCAGGAAUGAUUGAUCAACAACAAUUAAAACAACUAAUUCAAUUUGUCAAAUUACAAAAUGAUGAAAUUCACAAUUUAACACAAGAAAUUCAACAACUUACACAAUAG